UGUGGAAGUGGAAGGUUUCUAAGGAGCUUCUCGGUGGUUUUGGUUUUGUUUUUCUUAAAACUCUUGGCUCAGACGAUGGGAGCAUGAAACAUCAUUGUGGCAAUAAGUCUCAUGAAGCUGAAUCGAGCUAGCAGUUACCUAGAAGUAAUUACCCAGGAUGUCUUCACUAACAGAAAAGGACAGACCAAUUGUUCAGCUGUUACUGAGCUCUGGCACUUGCCCACGAUGUAUUUUGAGGUUCUGCUGCGUGGGAUCACAGACACUUUAUAGACGUCCAUACAAGGAUUUGAUGAAGGAUUUAAAAGAAUUUCUGAAAAAUAAUGAAGAAAAAGAAGAUACGGUUUGUUUUGACGUAGUUGAUCCACCUUGUAAGAGAAUCAGACUUGAACACACAGAAGAAGGGUCUGAUGAUCUGAACCACAAUGGAGCGCUCCAGCAGAUUCCUCCACUUAACAAUGAAAAUACUGCAACAGAGAACUCAGCUGUGAAGGUUUGCAAUGUGUGUUUGGGAAUUCUUCAGGAGUUCUGCGAGGUUGACUUUGUUAAAAAGGUGUGCCAAAAGGUUAAUUCCGCUGACUACCAGUUCACUAGUUUUGUAUUUUCUGUGUCACUUCCCCCACAGCUGUCUGUUAGGGAGUGUGCUGCUUGGCUGCUGGUAAAACAGGAAAUGGGAAAACUGGACCUUUCCUUGGCAAAGGAUGACAUUGUUCAGCUGAAGGAAGCUUAUAAGUGGAUUAUUCAUCCCCAGUUGUCAGAAGAGUUGGGGGGUCCUGCUUUUAGAGAUGGACGUAGUUUGUUUGAAGUUAGCGUGGUCUUUGCUCACCCAGAAACAGAGGAGGAGUGCCAUUUCCUAGCCACAGCCUGUCCAGACUGUUUCAAACCAGCGAAGAACAAACAGUCUGUUUUCACUAGAAUGGCAGUUAUAAAAGCUCUAGAGAAGAUAAAAGAAGAGGAUUUUCUCAAGCAUUUUCCAUGUCCCCCAAGUUCACCAAAGAACCUCUGUGUUCCUCUGGAAAUUCAGUGCAAUAAUGGUGCAGUUUUUGUGGCUGGAAGAUACAACAAAUAUUCAAGGAAUUUACCUCAGACUCCCUGGAUUAUUGAUGGGGAGCGAAAGCUGGAAUCUUCAGUGGAAGAAUUGAUUUCAGAGCAUCUAAUUGCAGAAUUCAAAGCAGAUAGCUUUAAUUUUUCUUCCUCUGGAAGAGAAGAUGUGGAUGUGAGAACACUAGGCAAUGGAAGGCCCUUUGCAAUUGAGCUUGUGAAUCCUCGUAGAAUACAUUUUACUGCUGAGGAAAUGAAGGGACUUCAGCAGACAAUUAAUAAGUCUUCAGACAAAAUACAGGUUCGAGAUUUACAGCUUGUCACCAGAGAGGCAAUUGGUCGUAUGAAGGAAGGUGAAGAGGAAAAGACAAAGAGCUAUAGCGCCUUAAUAUGGACAGACAAAGCGAUACAGGAAGAAGAUAUUGCAUUUCUAGAUGAUAUCAAGGAAUUAAAACUUGACCAGAAGACACCUCUCCGGGUUCUUCACAGAAGGCCUCUAGCUGUAAGAUGUCGGAUCAUUCACACCAUGAAAGCUGAGUACAUAGACGAGCAUCAUUUUCGCCUGCAUCUGAAGACUCAAGCAGGAACCUACAUUAAAGAAUUUGUGCAUGGAGACUUUGGAAGAACAAAGCCCAACAUUGGCUCCCUACUGAACAGAACCGCCGACAUUCUGGAGUUGGAUGUAGAAUCUGUUGACGUUGACUGGCCUCCAACCCUGGAUAAUUAACUUUUCAAGUCGGAACGAGGAAGAAGCAGCAACUCUGUCAGCAGCUGGUUACCGAACACCGUGCAGUAUCACAGCCUGGUUGCAAACUAUUUCUGUUGGACAUUUGGAUCAUGUUGAUCUGCCAAAGGAUACUGGUACUUUGAAUCAACUUUAAACACUCUGGAACAGGUAGUGUUUGUUCAAUCUCUGGCCUUAUUUUAAUUUCUUCUGUGCAUAAAAAGAUUUUGGUAAGGUAGUGUAUUGAUAAUAGUCUUUUUAAAAAACAAUUAAGACAAAGAUAAAUGGUGUAACAUGUGCAAACAGUGUACUGAGAAAAUAUGUCAAAUAUGCUUUUUGCAGUAGCUCAAAAUGUUUUAAUUAAAAAUAACCCUCCCUCAAGCCAGAUUUUUUUUAAACUCUUUUUAUAUUGGAUGCUGCAGCUUUUCUUCUCUGGAUGAAGGUAGCACGGAAUUACCUGAAACCCAGUCCUAACUUCUUCUGAGCACUGUUCAUGCAGGAAUAUUCCCUCAAAGCAAGGGAGACUCUGAAACCAGUAUGAUAGUGCCUGGAAUCAGGCCGCGCUCUGCUCUCUGCUGCCUGCCUUUUGGUCAGCAUCAGUUUUAGAGAUGGGCAAAUUUGCCUCCCAAAGUACUUUUCAAAGGGAAAAACAGUUUUCAGAGGAAAACUUUGCACUUAAACCCAAGUUCUUCUUAUUUAAAAACAGCAGUGAUACUUCCUAGAAACAACAGUUGAGGUAGUCAAGGCCUUAACAGCUCUGGCGGGGUUAGGCCUCUUCAGGCGUAGGAUUUCCCCAGUUGAGUCACCAUGUAUAAAAAGAUUGGGAACUCCUGGCAGUGGGACACAAAGGAAAUUAAAGAAAAAAAAAAAAGGAAUACCAAGAACCCCAAAGUACAGGCAAAUAGAAGAUGUGCUGAAGAGUGUUGGUAUUGAGAGAGCAAGUCAGAGAUAAAAAGCUUUGGUUUGUAGCAUGGUACAUUUUUUUUAUUUUGUUUCUUUUUAGUAUCCAACCUUGAAUGGAUGCCUGGAAUAGGGAAGAGCUGAAGGGUUUUUUUUCUUUGCUGGUGCUAUUUUAAAUGGUCCACACAAAGCAAGGGCUGGAUUGCAGGAUUAUUUUUAUGUUUAUUAGCUAGGUCCCACCACCUACAUCUUUAGGAAAAGCUACUUUUAUGCCUGUACCAUUUUAAUCCAUGAGGAAGAUGCUUCUGCUUACCUGAAGUACCGAAGAAAGUUAUCAACAAGAAAUUAAGGUUUGGAACUUAAGGGCUCUUAUUAAUUAACAUUUCAGAAAAGGGUAAUAUUUCCCAAGAGAAACUACUGUUGGGGACAGGGAGGACUACUGAGAUGUCUUGCCUUCAAUUCAGUGGUGCCAGCACCUCGUAACAGAACAGCUGCAUGAGAACUUUAGCUGAAGGCUCAAAAAGGCUUUAAUAAACACAUUUUCCAGGAGGUCCAAAGAACUGAUCUUGAAAAAUUAGUCUAAAUAUUAUACCCUCUGCCUGUGAUGGGCUGUUAAAACUUGUCUCUCGUCAUUUGAUAUCCUAGUCCACUGUAAUGUCAGUAGGGCAGUAGUUCAGAAACUCCUGUUUUUCUAACACAAAAAUAAUAGGAGCAUGAUUCAGACAGCAAUAUUUGUUUUUAAGCUUAAAGCUGUUAUGAGCAACAGAUUCCAGGAGUAGUUGUCUCAGAUAAUAAUCUGUACCCAGAAAGGAAGCGUCAUGAAUGAUGGAAAACUUAAGAAACUGAAUUCAGAAAACAAACAAAAAGAGAAUUUCAGUCUUGUAUCUAUGUGAUUUCUUGAAACUCAAAGUGAGCUCAAAUAUGAUUUAUAAAUUCCAUAAACUACAGGGGAAAAAUUAAAACAAAAAAAAAAAUGUAAACAAGACUGCACUGUGGCCACGACAGCCAUGAGCUAUUCUGGGAGGGGGAACAGUGCUAACAAGGCAGAAGCAGAAAGGGCUCCUUUUCCUGUCAGAGCGCAAGGACACUUGAGGCACUCCUGGCCACAGCUCUUUCUGCAACAUGGUGACAGCAGAAGUGAUGUUACGAACCAAAGUGCAGCUCAACAAGGCUAAAAAGAUGACACUAAAUGUGCCAGGUCGAAUCUCCUCUCCAUGCACUGUAGAGAGGGCCACUAAAAAUUCCCAAAUUGCUUAUUUUUAUGAUAAAUGUAAAGCAUCCAAAUGAGGGGGCAGGAAAAAAAAAAGUGCUCAUAGUACAAAUCUCUCUACAGCUCUUUGGAUAGCUCUUGUUCAGGGAUCAUGUGAAAAAUAGGAAAAUGAGAGCUGUGAUCGGGGUUUUUUUAAACUUCGUUUGAAGUCUGCAGUUUCUAAUACAAGGUAAACACUUUGAACUAGCCUUACUUGUAAUGAAUAUUGCAGCAAUAAUACUAUGGUUGUACCUCGGCCUUCAUCUUCCUUUUAAAAAUACCUACUUGUGACUAUUCAAACAGGAUGUUUUGUGAACAUAAGAUUUAAUCUUGUUCAUGAGGCAUGUGUGAGAGAGGUAGAGAUUUUCUAGCACGGUGUGAGA